UGGCCGACGCGUGUCUAAUGUCAGAGACUCAUUAAAAUUUUAACGAAAAUUUUAUGCGAAAUAUUUUAUUUAUUUUUAUCAAAAUGCUUCCAUUUCAUUAAAUUAAAUGAUAUUGCCAUAAAAAUAUUUACGUUAAACGUUAUUUACCUUUGCAAAGUAAAGAGCCGUGUAUGCGUCAUUGGGUUUGGUUAGGAAGUGUAGUGAAUUUGAUGAGUUUGUAAUUGGCUGUUUGGUUUGUGAGUGAUGUCGUUUCCACCUCGUCCUCCUAUGGUGCCCUAUGGAAUUGCACCUGGGGUCGUUACUAUGCAGAUGCCAACACACGUGAUGGUGGGUGCGUACGGCACGGGAGGCGUGAGCAGCGGCGGCCGGGGAGCGCUGCUGCCGGCGCCCGCCAGUAACGCAGGUAAAGCCGUCCCGCGCCCUGCUCGCCCACAAAAUGGCGCCAAGGAUGAGGGGCCUGCAGUUACGGUGUUCAUCGGCAACAUCUCGUCGCGCGCGCCCGACGCCAUGAUCCGCGCGCUGCUGGGCGCGUGCGGCGCCGUGGCCAGCUGGAAGCGCGUCAGCACGUUCGGCUUCUGCGAGUUCUGCGGGCCCGAGGCGGCGCUGCGCUGCGUGCGCCUGCUGCACGAGCGCGCGCUCGCCGACAAGAGCCUGCUGGCGCGCGUCGACGGCAAGAUGCAGGCGCUCGUCGACACCUACAAGACCGAGCAGCGCACGCGCAUCGCGGAGGGCGGCGGCGAAUAA